GUUCAAGUUUCACCAUGCUGCAUCGCUGGCUUUCCUCUUCAUUCAGCCUUCCUCGCAGCAGGCUGGCAGCAGCGCCAGUCAACAUCAGGGCAGCUCACCUUAGCGAGCAUUACGCCUGAUCUCAUUGGGCUUUGUGGAAACCCCUCACCGCCGCAAAGUUUUCCUUCUCCUUUAGGUCAUGAAGUCGGUGGCGAGCUUGCAGUACAGCUGGUGUAUAUUCCAGGCUCCUUUUGUUUGACGUACUAGGUAUUGCUUAAACCCUUUUACCUCUGCCUCGGAUAUCGAGGCAGGAUCUGAUCCAUUCCUUCUUUUAGAUCUGUGGUGCAAUUCCACAGGGCCCUCACAAUGAGGGUGCUGUUGAGGGAGCGCUGCCUGAUAGGCAAACUAGACUUUGCGGAUGCAUCCACACUGAGCACAGCAUUCAAUCGGAAAGUUGUGGGGCAAGUCCGGGGCACCCGAUCAGGGUUUGCAAGCAGCGGUUUAGUUUUAGGGCGAACUAAAACAGGCUUUCUCUCCCAAAACGUGGCGCAAAGGAGCAGGAAACUAGCAAACUCCUGCAAGCAAACCCCGCGUUUAGACCCUGUUUUGGGCAGCGUCAGGAGCUACUGGAAUUCCUCUGGUGAUCUUAGAUCUGCAGAAUGUGGGUGGAGGAAUCCAAAGUUUGGAAGUGCCCAGGGUAGCAAUCCACAGCAAACACAGAAGGGUACGGGGCCCAGAACCGCCCAAGCACAACAAAGCCCCGUAGACUCUGUCCUGAUACAGGACAAUGCUGCAGCUUCCUCGGACUCUGCGGUGCCAGACACUGAAGCCGCCAACGCUUUGCCACCCAGACAAGUAGAGGAAGCAGCCUCAACGUCGCAGUCUGAGUCAGAAUCAAAUGGUCGGGGGAUCACGUCACAGGAGCUUGAAGCUGACCCGACAUAUCCGGAAGCAGAGAGCUCCAGCAAUGCGAGAAGUGAGAGGGAAGAUCCUACGAAGGAGCCAGGGACUACAACGUCAGCAGAAUUUUCUGUUAGGGAAGCGGACGAGAGAGGGUUGAGUCGGGGGGAUCAAGAAUAUGUAAGGGAACUGGAGGUGGCAACGUACGCAGUCCACCUCGCGUGCUUGCUGAGUCAGCGGAUUCAGAGAGACAUCCUGCGGGAUCGAGAGCAAGCAAAGCUGAAGAAGGACCAGUCCCUGGUUACAAUCGCUGACUAUGGAGUCCAGGCCGUCAUCAGCUACAUCCUCUCCGAGGCCUUUCCCCAAGAGCCGCUCUCAAUGGUCGCCGAAGAAUCCUCUGAAGCCCUCCGAGGCCGCGAGGAGAUGCCCACUCUCCGCAAAGUUGUUGACGCCGUGAAUGACUGCCUAUCGAACUCGCCCCUCGUCGGUCUUCCCGUGCCCUCGGAACCCCUCUCCACAAUCGACGUCCUAAAAGCGAUCAACCGGGGAGCGCACGAAGGGGGGAAGAAGGGGCGGUUCUGGGUUCUGGACCCGGUAGAUGGGACGCUCGGAUUUGUGAGGGGGGACCAGUAUGCGGUGGCUUUGGCGUUGGUGGAUCAGGGGGAAGUGGUUCUGGGCGUGUUGGGGUGUCCGAACCUGCCGCUGCGGAAGGAGUGGAUGCGGUACGGGCACCGGUUUUACCGGGCCGCGGAGGCGUUCUUCCCGCCGGAGAAGGGGUUGUGGCACAAGGGCAUAGUGUUCCGGGCUCGUAAGGGCGGCGAUGGCGCCUGGGCGGAGCCCCUCAUUUCCGCUGACGUCACCCUCGAGAGCGUGCGCGCCCAAGCAAUGCGCGCAUUCGUUUCGCCAGUCACGGACCCUGCGCAGGCGACCUUCUGCGAACCGGUCGAGAAAGCGAACUCUAACCAGAGCCUAACCGCGGGGUUAGCACAGGGUUUGGGGAUAAGCACGGCGCCGCUGCGCGCUUAUAGCAUGGCGAAAUAUGGGAUGCUGGCGAAGGGGGAUGCGGAGAUCUUCAUGAAGUUUGCACGAGGGGACUACAAAGAGAAGAUUUGGGACCAUGCAGCCGGCUGCUUUAUCGUCGAAGAGGCCGGGGGUGUUGUGACGGACGCUGGGGGCCGACCGCUCGACUUUUCGCGGGGGCGGUUCCUCAUGGGCUUGGACCGAGGAAUCAUCGCGAGCAGCAAUCCAUUUUUACAUCGUCGAUUGCUAGCGGCCCUAGACGCCUCGUAUGACUCGUCCACUCUCUGAUGGGUGUCUGCGAAGGGUCAGGGUUUGCCAGUAUGUGGCGUCAAUGCAGCGUCAAGUUUCUUCGUCGGAAGUAAGAGUGGUGUAUGAAGCGUUAAACCAGUACAAGUGGCAAUUCUAAAAGAUUCACAUAAGGCAUAUAAAUUGCGUGUUGAUGCUAUACUUAGUGUCCCCAAACUGUGUCUGUCGACACCACUAGAAGUAUGCUGACCGCAGGAUAGUAAGGUGGGGGCAUGGUCCGGUGGAGCUGCAAUAAGCAGUCCCAUUCAAUGACCCGAUCGACAUUCUUCUUCGAACUAUUGGGCGUUCUUACGCGACACCAGCACAAUAUACAUAAAGAAAAUGCCAGCUUACCUAAAAUUCAUAGCGGAUUGUAGUGUACGAAAGACCUAGCUGGUUUGUAGAAAUCCACAGAUCAAUUGCUCUCACGAAUGUAAAGGGCACUCGGAACUGUUCAUCUAUCCGACUUGCUCACCGCUGC